AUGGCAGGCCAAUCAGCUAAAAAGCAAGUUGCUCAAAACUUCAAGAUCUUGAAAGAAAUCCAUUUGAUAACAUGGAUCUCUUAUUCAAUCUUUACAUUCUUCAAUUACUUCCUUAAUAGACCACAAUCAUCAAAAUUUUUCAUCAUAACAGCAGUCCCAGUUUUCGGCUCAUUAUAUGUGAUAGAAAAAUUUGGUAGACCGGUAUUAGAUCCACAAGGUAAAAUCAUUCGCCAAGGUCAAGAUUUACAACAAGAAGGAUUAACUGAAUACCUUUUCGAUAUCAUCUAUUACACUGUGAUUUUAAACUUCUUAACAAUUUUGUUCAACUCAAGCAAAAUAUGGUGGUUGUAUUGGGCUAUUCCAGUCUUUGCAGUUUAUAAAAUCUAUGGUGUUAUCAAUGCUGGUAGACAAAUGUUUGGAGGUGGUGCAAAGAGUGGACAACAAGUUGAAGAGUAUGAUGGUGAGAAAGAGCAAGCAAAGAGUAAAAGACAACAGAAGAGAGAGGCAAGAGGUGAUAAGCCAAAAAUGAGAUAUAGAUGA